AUGGCUCCCUGGAACAAGGAAAGCAGCGCGGCGGUCUACACCACCCCAGUCAACCCUGGGUCUGGGAAAGAGCCGCUCCGCAGCGAAACGAGGAACUCGUGCCUCUCCAACGUCGCAGAAUUCGAGAAGAAGGAUUCAGCAUACAAAAAGCGCAUCCGGAUCCUCCGCUCCUUCUCCCGCACCGCCUGGCUAAUCCUAAACGUCGUAAUGAUGGGCACCCUCUCCUUCGCGCUCGCCAAGUACUACUUGACGCGCGACCGCCUGAUCGAGGGAAACGCGCAUCCCUGGGUAACGCCUGCGACCGUGUGGCCCACGGCCAUGCUGCUGGGCACAGCUACGGUGACGUUCUUCAUGAACCUCAUCACGCUCCUGUCGUACUGCUGCGGGGUCGGAGCGGCGGACAAAGCUAGCUCGUUUACCAGCGUGCUGGGCUAUGUUUUCCUGUUUGUGCAUUUCGCGGCGUGGGCGGUGGCGGCGGGGCUGUAUCGCAUGGCGAGGGAUGGGAAGAAUCUUUGGGGGUAUAGUUGUAGUGAUGCGUCGGAUCGGAUUCAGGAGCAGGUUAAGAGCUUUCUGAAUUUUAGGGAGUUGUGUACUAUGCAGCAAGGAACGUGGUAUAUCUCAAUCAUUGAGGCCAUUACGUAUCUGUUGACGUUCGUUGUCACGCUCAUGGUUAUGAGAAGAGCCUCGCAUAAAAAUAAGUUGGCAAACACGGAGUAUGAGCAGAAUGUAGAACUGGGGACAACCUAUAACCCGGGUGUUGGAAAGAAAUAUAUGCCUGUUGCGGCGGGAGCCUACCGUUGA